UAAAAGUUAUGCUGUUCUGUGAAAUUGUAUUAAUUCAGUGAUUUAUUCAAUAAUAAACAAUGGAUAAACUUACAGUAAUUUCCGGGACUCUAUUUCUUGCAGCUGACAUAUUUGCAAUUAUUAGUCUUGCUAUGCCAGAUUGGAUUAUAACCGAUGUUGGAGGGGACACAAGAUUAGGUUUAAUGUGGUCAUGUAUGACACUGUAUAAUAAGCCUCAGCUUUGUUAUAAACCUGAAUUGAAGCCAGAGUGGUGGAUGGCCUUGAUAUGCAUAUUGGUUGGUUGUAUUUUAAUAACGAUUACCGUCAUUCUUUUAAUAAGCUCACACUGGGAUAGAAAUGUCAUUCCAUACGCUAGAUGGGUUGGAUUUACAGCAAUGGUACUAUUUUGUUUAGCAGCAGUUAUAUUUCCAAUGGGAUUUCACAUUGAUGAAAUUGGCGGGCAACCGUAUCAAUUACCUAAUUCCCAUCAAGUAGGCAUUUCUUACAUAUUAUUUGUUUUAGCAUUAUGGAUAACUGUUAUUUCCGAACUAUUUGCUGGUAAAGUUUGUUUACCACAUUUUUAGCAUCUUCUGACAAAUUUCUUUUUCUUUUCGUUAUUGCUGAGUAUUUUAUGUAUUCCAUAUAUCUACAGAAGAGAUAUUC